CCAGUCACGUAUUACGAAGACCCACGAUACAUAGCAACCUUUCGCAGCCGUAUCGAUCGAUCUUGUGAACGUUCGCCAACACAGCCGGAACUAACAACCGGCCAGCUAUGGUCAUCAUCGACCCGGAAGAGCUGCAGGUCGGCUGGUUCGUGCUCGUCAGGGGCGAUGUCACCGAGUACGUCGUGGCCAGGGUGACGGCCGGUGAGACAGAUACCAUGUACGGCCUGAGACGGAGGCACGGCAGCACUCGCGUGCGCAAGACGGUGGACUGGAAACAGAUCGUGGCAGUGUCCAAGAUGCCCUUCAUCACGACCGACGACCUGCAAUGGCCAGCCCUUUGGCUGCUCGCAUCCCCCGGAGCGCCGCCCACUUCCCGCUACCCGGCGCCGCCAGCUCGGCACACCCCGCACGUAGCACCUGCUCUAGUCGUAACAUGGCGGCCUGCUCCCCCGGGCGCGCCGCCCACCCGCCCGGCCAGGGCCGCCAAUCCCACAGCACGUCGUCCAGUAGCCCUGGGCUUCUCGUACGCCAGCAGCCUGCUUUCCCCUGGGCGGCUCAUCGACCCCUGCGUCACAUCCGUUUACCCAACGUCGUUUCAGUUGCAUUAGUCGCUCGGGACGGGAAAGGACACAUGGAAGACCCUGAACAAAACCCC